AUGAGUGAUAACGAUCCACUGUUGCAAGCACUGAACGAGGAUAAUAGUGGUGAUGUACCUGAAGCUGCACCACAACAGCCAUCUCCGGAGCAAUUGGCGAGAGAUCGGGCGCUGUCGAAGUAUAAGUCGAAGCUAUCUGAACACCGUAAUUGGGAUGCACGUCUAAAGGAGCUUCGUCUGAGUAUAAGAUCGCUGGAGAGUGAUUUCGAUAAGACCGAGGACGAUAUCAAAGCGCUGCAAAGUGUAGGACAGGUGAUUGGUGAGGUGCUGAAACAGUUGGAUGAUGAGAGAUUUAUAGUGAAGGCUUCGAGUGGACCAAGGUACAUUGUCAAUUGCAGAAACUCCAUCAAGAAGGAGGAUUUGAAGCAAGGUGUACGUGUUGCAUUGGAUAUGACAACUCUGACGAUAAUGCGUAUCCUCCCAAGAGAGGUUGAUCCUCUGGUUUAUAACAUGACGACAUUCAAACAGGAGGAUGUGAACUUUGGAACUGUUGGUGGUUUGUCAGAACAGGUUAGAGAGUUGAGAGAGGUUAUUGAAUUACCUUUGAAGAAUCCAGAGCUAUUCCAGAGAGUUGGUAUAAAACCUCCAAAGGGUGUUUUGUUAUACGGUCCUCCAGGUACCGGUAAGACACUUUUGGCAAAGGCUGUGGCAUCCACAAUUGGUGCCAAUUUCAUUUUUUCUCCAGCAUCGGCCAUUGUGGACAAGUACAUUGGUGAGUCUGCAAGAUUGAUCCGUGAAAUGUUUAGCUAUGCAAAGGAGCAUGAGCCUUGUAUCAUCUUUAUGGAUGAAAUCGAUGCCAUCGGUGGUCGUCGUUUCAGCGAGGGUACCUCGGCAGAUCGUGAAAUUCAGCGUACAUUGAUGGAAUUGUUGAACCAAAUGGAUGGUUUCGAUUACUUGGGACAAACUAAGGUCAUCAUGGCAACCAAUAGACCAGACACUUUGGAUCCAGCACUUCUGAGAGCUGGACGUUUGGAUAGAAAGAUUGAAAUCCCAUUACCAAACGAGGCUGGCCGUCUAGAUAUUUUCAAGAUCCACACUGCAAAGAUCUCUAAACAGGGAGAAUUCGAUUUUGAAGCCGCUGUAAAGAUGAGUGAUGGAUUUAACGGUGCCGAUAUUCGUAAUGUUGUCACUGAAGCUGGGUUCUUUGCCAUUAGAGCUGAUAGAGACUACAUUGUUCAAAAUGACUUGAUGAAGGCUGUAAGAAAGGUUGCAGAGACAAAGAAGUUAGAAGGUAAGUUGGAGUACGAAAAGUUAUAA